AUGAAUGUUAAAGGAAUAAUGAUGAAGGAAAAUAAAAGUGAUUCAACAACGUCAUCAUCAUCAUCCAUUGGAACAUUUUCAGAAGAUUCGAUGGGUUCUAUGUGUUGCUGUUCAUCUGAGUUGAUAGAGGAUGCUGAUUCAUCUUCAAAUGGAUCUUUAUGUGACUUAUCAGAGCUCAUGAACAAUCUUCCAAUAAAGAGAGGGUUGUCAAUGUUCUAUGAAGGGAAGACACAAUCAUUCAGUUGUUUAGGUGAGGUACAAAAGAUGGAAGACGUUCCAAAGAAAAGCAUGGGUUACAAAAAGAGAAUGAAGAAAUGUAAAAGUUAUGGUGAUAGAAUAUGGUAUAGUCCAAAGGCUACAAUAUCAAAAAAGACUUCAAGAGUUCCUUUUUCAUCUCUAUUAACUAAAAGAGAGAGUUACUUUUUGAUUCCUUGA